AUGUCGGAAGCAGAUACUUCGCCGCCAGCGACAAAGCAAGAAAAGAUCGCAUCGGCAGUUGCUCCGUCCAGUGCUGCCGCUGCUUCACAACCAACUGGCGACGAGGCCAGCACGGAUGUCUCGUCUGAAGUCAAACAAGUUCCAACGCCCAAAUUUGUAUUAACUGAAAAGGCACUCGAUGAUGCCUUCAACGAUAUGUGGGCCAAUAACGCCAACGCCAUCUCGCAUUGCUACUCGAACACAGAUGCACUCAAAGUGGACUUUACAAGGACCGGCAAGAGGAGCUUUUUUGGCAUGAUUAAUGAUGCCACUAAUUCUGUCUACCGGAUGGUUCAAGGAGCCGUUACCGACUUUUUCCGCCAAACCGUGCUUGAUUUCACUUACGGCUCCAUCGGCCUGUCUGGCCUUGAACGUUACUAUGACGAUCUCAAUAGCCGCGAUCCAUCUGACUCGAUCCGUCUAGCCCGCAUUCGUGCUUCGGCCAUUGAAAGCUGUCGUCGAGAAGUGGUGCCCGAGUCGGAAGGCCUGAUUGGCGGUUGGACACUUUGCUCGCCCUUAAAGGCAAACACAGUUCAAGCGCUCAAAUUGGAAGAGAAGGUUGUACUUCUUACGGCCAAAGCUCUCUACGUUUGUAGCUACGACUUUGGCAGUGAAAAGCUCAACGAGUUUACAAAGCUGCUCAACGGCGAUAUUGUUGGCAUCCAGGAAGGACUUUAUGUUACCUCACCCCAAGAGUCCUCGCAUCCAGAAGACAAUUGGGGCUUUGUGGUGACGUAUCUCAAAUCGAUUUCGCGAAGCAACACGACGGCUUCCAUCAAGAACGUCACAACUACCACGGCCGCCUCUGCUCACGUUUCUGAAUCCGCUCAAUGCAUCUUGGCGUUCCGCGCCAUUUCUGACGAGAUUGAUGAUCUGACCACUCUUUCCAGUGCCAAACCGGCGACGUUUCGCUCGCGACAUCUCGAUCACACGGUCAAACGUCGUCGAUCCAGGUCGCGAGUCGCCAAGAUCACUUCUUCUGAGGACACGGAUGAUGAUACGGAAGACGGCUGCAUGUCGUCACAGCAAAAGGUCAAGAUUAUUGUCGAGCUCUUAUGCAACUGCUGCAUGGAUGCUGGCGCCUUUGAUCCCGACGCAGAGCAAGGUGAACACCCAUCAUCGCCUUUCGUGAUGCACAAGACCAUUCACAGUCUCGAUGAAGCUAAAGCAAUGAUGCCUCUCUUUGGCCCGCUCAUUGAAGGCCUCAAGCGUCGCCUCUGGCUUUGA